UUUUUUUUUUCAUCUCGUUCUUCUUCUUACUCCCCUUCUUGUUCCUGGGUAUGCCCUCCGGCUGCCUUGAGACAGACAUGAGUAUCAGGGGAGCACAGGAUGACAAAAAUGUACACUCCUCAUGCACAUACGAAGGCUAUCCGAACGUGAGAGCGAGCAAGCGAGAAUGAAGGGUGCAGUGCAUGGUGUGGAUGAGAUAGAUGUAAGCCAAACAAGGUUCUCCUUCUUCAUUUCCUCUGUUCGCUUACUCGCUCGUCCCAUCCACCCACCACCGACAGUUGCAAUAUUUAUGCUUCGGGGGCAGUGUUUGGGAUGGAAUAUCUUCUUUCGCCUCUCAUUCCAUCUCUCCAUCUCUCCAUCCCUCCAUCCCUCCAUCCCUCUCCCGCUUUCUUCAUCCACCUCCUCAUCAGCUCCUAUCUUCCCUUUGGACCAUUUCCUCCUGAUUGUUUUCAGUCGUGUCUUCACAACACCUCUUUAUUUCCGUUCUGCGCACGAAGGAUCUUCCUUCCCCUUCCUAUUCCCACUAUAUCCACAAUGGCUUUUCCCCUGAGGGCUAGGGGCUUUCGACGUCGUCAGCAAUGCACCUUGGUGUUAGCCCUCUUAACCUUCCUUGUCGCCUUGACAAUGGCCCCCUCGUUCUCUACAGCUAGUCCUAGGGAUGAUCCUACAGUUACUGCUUACGUCCAGCAACCCACACAAGGCUUCGCCCACACCCUCAACAAGCGCCAGGAACUGAAUACUACCGCCGUCCCACCUACUACGACACCUCAGGUCACGGAAACAUCCAUCAGUACCCCCGGAACUACGACUGCAAGUACCACUUUGACCCCCAACACGACUACCGUUGCCACGACCACAGCCGCGUCUUCAACGGCUGUCAGCACCACGCUCACAACAAUCACUGCGACUAUCAGUACGACCUCGACUCUGUCCUCGACCGCGACCACCAACGCAACCGCAAUACCUACUCAGUCGCCAAGCAGUGGUGACACUAGUAAGGGGUUGGUUAUUGGAGGCGCAGCUAUCGGAGGACUUGUCUUUGCUAUCGGUCUUGCCAUCAUUGCUUUCCGAUGCACCCUGAACCGUAAAGAACGCGCUCGUCGGAACAAGGAGAUGGCAGCAACACUCGCCGAGAACUUUGAUCGAAGUGCCGAUCCUAUUGCGUCCCCGCGAAAGGGUUAUCUGGAGUUGGGAGAUGGGCCACCAACACCCAGUUCUGGACGUGGCGCAAAUCUGUCGCGCCAAGGAUCCCAAGACGCCUACUUCGCAGCGAACAAGGAAGGAGGUGGUCAAGAUUAUUACAACCCACAUUAUGUUCAGGAACGGUAUGGAGCUGCCAAUGCUGGAACGUAUGGCAUGUAUGAGGAGACGGAGCUGUCAGUCAUGGGCGGCAGUGCUGGUCGCCAAAUGGCCUAUCCUCCCACGAGUGUGCCGACCAACCACUAUGCAGGAUACAAUGACUACGACUACGGCAAUCAGCAGGGAAGCUACUAUGGUGGAGGCGGACAGGCACCAAGAGGACAUCAAGGCUAUUAGGGUCACUGUCCCUUCGUAGAGAGCUUAGACUCCUCCCUCGUUACGCGAUAGAGCGCACCCUUUCCUUCCAUGUAUCAUAGAUGAUUGUCUCUCCUCUGUAAGGAAGAGCUAUUCCCAGAUCCAAUACACCAAUCAGUUACUGUGCCUGCUGCAUAC